UUGUCUGCUCUGUAGAUAAUGGAUUGGAGAGCGAGACCAGAGAUUAGGCUACAAAUGAGAAACAGCUGGAAAAAUCCAGGUAACACUGGUGGCUCAGAAUAUGGAGGUGGCAGCACAAAUGGAACGGGGAUGGUUAAAAGAGUCUCAGCUAUCUGACUUCAUGUGAAAGAUGGCUAAUGCAGAAGUGAGUGUCCCAGUGGGGGAUGUGGUUGUGGUACCCACUGAAGGAAAUGAAGGGGAGAACCCUGAAGACACUAAAACUCAAGUAAUCUUGCAGUUACAGCCUGUGCAACAAGGUUUGUUUAUCGAUGGACACUUUUACAACAGGAUUUAUGAAGCUGGUUCUGAGAACAACACGGCAGUUGUGGCAGUAGAAACUCACACAAUACACAAAAUUGAAGAAGGGAUUGAUGCAAGCACUAUAGAAGCAAAUGAGGAUAUGGAAAUUGCUUACCCCAUAACUUGUGGGGAGAGUAAAGCCAUUCUCCUCUGGAAGAAGUUUGUAUGUCCAGGAAUAAAUGUAAAGUGUGUCAAGUUCAAUGAUCAGUUGAUCAGCCCCAAGCAUUUUGUUCAUCUGGCUGGCAAGUCCACCCUAAAGGACUGGAAGAGAGCCAUUCGUCUGGGUGGAAUCAUGCUCAGGAAAAUGAUGGACUCUGGACAGAUUGAUUUUUACCAACAUGACAAGGUUUGCUCCAAUACCUGCAGAAGCACCAAAUUUGAUCUCCUGAUCAGCAGUGCAAGAGCUCCAGUGCCAGGACAACAGACAAGUGUGGUGCAGACACCCACUUCGGCUGAUGGUAGCAUCACACAGAUUGCCAUCUCAGAAGAGAGCAUGGAAGAGGCAGGGCUGGAAUGGAACUCGGCUCUCACUGCUGCUGUUACCAUGGCCACAGAGGAAGGUGUGAAGAAAGACUCAGAGGAAAUUUCAGAGGACACUUUGAUGUUCUGGAAAGGAAUAGCUGAUGUAGGGCUGAUGGAGGAGGUUGUUUGCAAUAUACAGAAGGAAAUAGAGGAGCUACUCAGGGGAGUUCAGCAACGUCUCAUCCAGGCUCCCUUCCAGGUCACAGAUGCUGCUGUUCUCAACAAUGUAGCACAUACAUUUGGCCUAAUGGACACAGUCAAGAAGGUUUUGGACAACAGAAGGAACCAAAUAGAGCAAGGAGAAGAGCAGUUUCUCUAUACUCUGACAGACUUGGAACGUCAAUUGGAAGAGCAAAAGAAGCAAGCUCAGGAUCACAGGCUGAAAUCCCAAACAGUUCAAAAUGUGGUACUAAUGCCUGUCAGCACUCCUAAGCCUCCCAAAAGGCCCCGGCUCCAGCGGCCAGCUUCCACCACCAUCCUGAGCCCUUCUCCUCCUGUCCAACAGCCUCAGUUCACAGUCAUCUCACCCAUCACCAUCACCCCAAUGGGUCAGUCGUUUUCUAUGGGCAAUAUUCCAGUGGCCACCCUCAGCCAGGGCUCUAGUCCUGUGACUGUCCACACACUGCCUUCUGGCCCUCAGCUCUUCCGCUAUGCCACAGUGGUCUCCUCUGCCAAGAGCAGCUCACCAGACACAGUGACCAUCCACCCUUCGUCUAGUCUGGCACUGCUAAGCUCCACCACCAUGCAGGAUGGGAGUACCCUGGGCAACAUGACCACCAUGGUGAGCCCUGUGGAGUUGGUAGCCAUGGAGUCUGGCCUGACCUCAGCAAUCCAGGCUGUUGAAAGCACCUCGGAGGAUGGGCAGACCAUCAUUGAGAUUGACCCGGCCCCAGACCCAGAGGCUGAGGAUACUGAGGGCAAAGCAGUCAUUUUGGAGACAGAGCUGAGGACUGAGGAGAAAGUUGUGGCUGAGAUGGAAGAACACCAGCAUCAAGUCCACAAUGUGGAGAUUGUGGUCUUAGAGGAUUGAUAGGAUCUCAGGGCCAGGAGAUAUGUUUUGGCUUGGAAUUUUAAUUAUUUGUUUAUUUUUAUCAUUGUCCCACUCAUUUCCAUAUAGGAUCCUUUUUGUUUUAAACAAAAUCCCAUUGUUAUAACUGAAAAUGUUGGGUCCCUCCCACCCCUCAUUGAAAAAUGGACAAAAAUAAGCUGUCUUUCCAGAAGUUGAGAGUAGGUCACUCAAUAUUCCUAAUACUCUUACACCAAGAAAGUUAAUUUCUUUUAGGGGAGGCAUCAGGAUAACCAGGAACCCUGUCCAGAAAGCCCUUUCCAGGCUAGUCUAUCUGUGUUUGCAUGCAGUUUUAUUUUUAUAAAGGUGCAUUGACCAAACAAUGGAACACAGAUCUGACAUUGGAAGGCAAUCCACUUACAUGUGGUUGCAGAAGGAUAGUUUAUUUGUAUCCUGGAAAGGGCCCUAGAGGCUAGUACAAAACUCUACAACAAAAGGAAGUUGAACUCCACUUGAAGGGGAAGGUAGCAUAUCAGCAGCUGCUUAAAAAGGGAAGUGCUUUGGCUAGGAUGGGGCAAGGAAAUUAUCUCACUUCCAGAAGUACAAUGAUGCCUCUUGAUCACUCUGAGGGGUUACCACCAUGGGUGCCAUUUUGAGGGGAGGCCAUGAUAAGUGGAAGCGUACAUCUCCACAAAGCAAAUGUCAUCAGCGGCCUGUGGCUUUGCAAAAGUAGAAAUCCAGAGGUGUCACAGCUGUGCUUUGGGAUUCAAGCUCACAUUGCCCCCCUGUGUUGUCAAAAAACUUACCCUUCUAAACUAGGAUCAGUCCAUUUAUUAGCAGACUGUGAUGUGGUGUAAACUGCUAUAGUUUUGGACCAUGGCUGUCAUGGGGGUGGGGCUCCAAUGCCAUCAUUUUUAUUGCAUGACUCCAGGAGCAGGGGAGUUCCUCAUCGAGACCAGCUGCCCUUUUUGGUGGGGCCCUAUUUUGGUUUUGGAACCAAAAGCAACCACUCAUUUGGUGCUUCCUCUUGUUCUGCCCUCCAUCCCUCAACUGUUAAUGGCAUCUGUCUCCUGGAUCCCA